AUGGAUUCUUCCCUGAGUCCCUUCAGCACCAAUGGUAACGAUAGUUCCGCCAAGUACAUUGCCAACAAGGCUGGCAGCCACAAUGAAGCAGUCAUCAUCGCAGGAGUCAUGAUCGGCUCAGUUUUCUUCGUCGCCAUCGUUGGGGUGGCUUGGAUGUUUUUCAGGGAGCGGUCUCGAAAGAUUAAGGACCAGCUGGACGCGAUCAAGACUGUCAGCGCCUCUGAAAUAAGUCCAGGACUUUCGGAAUUGGCCUCGAGCCUCUUUGUCAAAAAGCCAUCUCCCCAUUGUCGCUUGUCUUCCUUCUCGAGUUCUCCAAUGAGACUGAUCCACGUCCAGUACAUGACCCACGCUGGGCAGCAACAGUUCAUACAGGCCAAGGCGAGGCGAUUUGAGGCGAUCUAUAACUUUCUAGAAGUCAUUUGUUUCUUUGCCUCGGUCCACCAACCCCACAUAACGCCGGCUCCGCCUCCGAAGCCGCCGAUCUCAUCCGGAAUCUGGAGCGCCCAAUUACAUCAAAAUGCGUCCCACCUCAAGCUAUCAGCUACCAGUAACGUUAGCGGUACUUCUUCUGUUCUUCUCAUGCCUCGCUCUGGCCUCAUCAGACUCAAAAGAUGCCAGCAACACGUUGUCUCAACGCGACGAGGAAGCAGGUUCAGGAUGCAGUACAGAGGGCCAGUGGCACUGUAUGACCAAUUCAUUUCAGAGAUGCGCAGGUGGACACUGGUCGAUCAAGAUGGCUAUGGCUGA